AUGGCACAGAAUGGCGAGCCUCCACAACUUACAUGGAAGCGCAAAUUAAACAAUCUACCGAAUCUUCCAUCUGAAUUCGUGUUAUCUAUCAAAGACAUCAUUCAUCUUGCUCCAAUUGGUUAUCGACUAUGGCGUUACACCCGUGAAGAAAAAGCCAAAGGAAGGAUUGGAAUGAUCGAUCCUUUUGCUAAGCGUCAUAUAACUUCUUCCCACGCUGUUCCUUUAGGCGGUGUUGGUGCUGGAAGUAUUGGAAGAAGUUUUAAAGGCCACUUUCAGCGUUGGCAGCUAUUCCCUUUAGCAUCUCAAGACAAUCCAGUUUUUGCUAAUCAGUUUUCUCUUUUCGUUUCACGUCCAAAUGCUGAAAAAUAUUCAACCGUGCUAUGCUCUGGGAAUCCAGAUGUAUUCAAAGAUAAUCCAGCAUCCGGGAUUAAAUCAUGGGAUUGGAAUAUGAAUGGAACAAAUUCCACAUAUCACGCAUUAUACCCAAGAGCUUGGACAGUAUAUGAGGAACCUGAUCCAGCAUUGAAAAUAGUUUGUCGCCAGAUUUCACCUGUUAUACCCCAUAACUACAAGGAGAGUAGCUAUCCUGUAUCCGUUUUUACUUUUACGCUCAAUAAUUUGGGCAAAACAACAGCAGAUGUCACCUUGCUUUUCACAUGGGCUAAUUCUGUUGGAGGACAGUCUGAAUUUACUGGUCAUCACUUCAACUCAAAGAUAAAGAGGCCUGAUGGCGUGCAUGGUGUGCUUCUACAUCACAAGACUGCAAAUGAGCAAUCUCCGCUCACAUUUGCAAUUGCAGCAGAAGAGACUGAAUAUGUUCAUAUCUCAGAAUGCCCUGUCUUUGUUAUAUCCGGUUCUCACGAAGGCAUCUCCGCGAAGGACAUGUGGCAUGAAGUUAAACAGCAUGGGUCAUUUGACCAUCUGAAUUUUACUGGAACGUCGGUGCCUUCAGAACCAGGAUCAUCCAUUGGAGCAGCUAUUGCAGCAACUGUGACUAUUCCACCUGAUGCUCAACGCAAUGUGACAUUUUCAUUGGCAUGGGACAGCCCUGAAGUGAAGUUCCCUGGAGGACGGGUUUAUAACAGGCGUUACACCAAAUUUUAUGGUACUAAAGGAGAUGCUGCUGCAGAUAUUGCACAUGAUGCUAUUAUUGAACAUCGUCAGUGGGAGUCCCAGAUUGAAGAUUGGCAAAGACCAAUCCUUGAGGACAAGAGAUUUCCUGAAUGGUACCCAACUACCCUUUUCAAUGAACUUUACUUCCUAAAUUCUGGGGGAUCAAUUUGGACAGAUGGUUCACCUCCUGUGCAUAGUUUAGUUACCAUAGUAGUUAAGCAAAUACAAACUCCACCUGCAUCAAAGUCUGCAUAUGGAGUAAGUCUUCUCCAAGAAGGGGAAGAAAACAUUGCAGUGCUGAUGCAUGAUCCUGGAAAGAUGCAACUUUUACAUGAUGGGCAAAUGGUAUCAAGAAAGGUUCUUGGUGCUGUUCCUCAUGAUAUUGGAAUCUCUGACCCGUGGUUUGAAGUAAAUGGAUAUAAUCUUUAUAACACAGAUAGGUGGAAAGACUUGAAUCCAAAGUUUGUUCUUCAGGUUUACAGGGAUGUGGUUGCCACUGGUGACAAGAAGUUUGCACAAGCUGUCUGGCCAUCUGUUUAUAUUGCAAUUGCAUAUAUGGACCAAUUUGACAAGGAUGGUGACGGAAUGAUUGAGAAUGAAGGUUUCCCUGAUCAAACUUAUGACACAUGGUCUGUAACUGGUGUAAGUGCUUAUAGUGGUGGAUUGUGGGUAGCGGCACUUCAGGCAACAUCAGCCUUGGCGCGUGAGAUUGGAGAUAAGGGUUCUGAAGUUUAUUUUUGGCACAAAUUUCAAAAAGCAAAGGCUGUAUAUGAAAAAUUAUGGAAUGGUUCUUACUUCAAUUAUGAUAGCAGUCGUAGAAGUUGCAAUGGUGGAAGUCCAAGUUCAUCCAUACAAGCUGAUCAACUAGCUGGCCAGUGGUAUGCUAGAGCAUGCGGUCUUUCACCAAUUGUUGAUGAACAGAAGAUUAAAAGUGCACUUCAGGUUGUUUUCGACAACAACGUUAUGAAAGUGAAGGGCGGAAAGCGCGGUGCUGUAAAUGGAAUGUUACCUGAUGGAAAAGUUGACAUGUCAUCAAUGCAAUCACGAGAAAUAUGGUCAGGAGUCACAUAUGCCGUAGCUGCAACAAUGAUUCAGGAAAACAUGAUUGAUAUGGCAUUUCAAACUGCUGAGGGGAUAUAUGAAGCUGCAUGGUCCACCAAUGGUUUCGGUUAUUCUUUCCAAACUCCUGAAGCUUGGAACACUAAAGGUGAAUAUAGAUCUUUAUGUUACAUGCGGCCAUUAGCCAUAUGGGCAAUGCAGUGGGCGUUAUCAAAAGAAAAAGUCACUCAAGAUGAUGAAAGUGAUAAAUCUUAUAUAAACGAGGAAGAAAUUGUGUCCAAGUGCCAUGCUGGUUUUUCGAAAGUAGCUCAGCUUCUGAAGUGGAAGGAGGAGAGUGGAUCCAGAAGUCUAUUUCAGGUUAUAUAUGACUUAACUUGCAAGAGGUAUGUAUAA